GUGAUUGAUCAUUUCCCACAACGUAAUCAUUUUCUUAUAUAAAUUCAGCCGUACACAUUGGAUGUAUGCACACAUAUGAACUAAAUUACCUAUCCGAACUUAUAAAAUUUUCAGAUUUAGGUAUAAAAAUUGUCAAUAAAAUGAAUCGUGCCUCAAAUGGUAGUUAUCACAACUUUCCGAGGGACUUAACCAUUGUUUUAGUUGGCAGCGCUGGCAGUGGAAAAACUGCUACUGGAAAUUCAAUCCUUGAACGAAAAGCAUUUCCAUCAAGCUCUGCGCGCGAAUCCACCGUGUUAGAAGAUGGGAGAGUUCUCAACGUGAUUGAUACGCCAGGCCUGUUCGAUUCUACUAUUAAACGUGAAGAUGCCGAGAACGAGAUUGUCAGAGGCAUCAAAAUGGCUAAAGAUGGCAUCCACGCGCUUCUUUUGGUUGUGUCACUGAGAGUUCGAUUUACUGAGGAACAAGUUGCAACUGUUGAGACCUUGAAGCACUUGUUCGGAAACAGAAUUUUUGAUUACAUGAUUGUAACUUUUACUGGGGGUGAUGAAUUGGAAGAAGAUCAAACAAUUGAUGAGUACUUGGCCUAUUCAUGCCCUCCAGCUUUAAAGGACCUCCUGGAAAAGUGUGGCAACAGAAAAGUAGUGUUUAAUAAUAGGACAAAGGAUAAGGAGACAAAGGCUGAGCAACGCCGACAACUUCUUACUCUCAUUGCAAACAUUCUGGUGAAAACUGGUGGAAAGCCCUACACACAUGAGGUUCUUAAUCAACUCAAGAAUGAAGCUGCUGAAAGGGAUUCGAGGAACCCAAAACAGAAAAUAAAUAAAUCUCCAGAUGAGGAGGAGGUUCAGCAACGCAUUGCUAAAAUGGUAUAAAUCACUUAAGAAGUUUAUUUUUUCUUUUUUUUUCCUGUUUGUUUUUUUAUGCCAAUGUGAUUGUUUUAAUUUUACUCCCUUUGUCUAAAAAAUUUACUCUAUUUUACUGCACCCCUAUUCUUUAACAAAAUAGAUUAUAUUUUUACAAGUUAAAAUAAACCUUGCUUGGUCAAUUAAUUUCUCACAAUCUGAUUGCCGAACGGUAGUCACAAGGCAUCGGCCUUGUAUCACGUUUGAGACAAAAUAGAUUAUGUUUCUAAAAGAAAAAUAACAUAUAAUUUGUUGAUAAAAGAAAAAGUAACAUACAAUUUCUUUUUUGCUGCGUUGACCCGUAAUGCUACGUCUUUCAUCAUAAAACUCCUAAUUAAGCAAAUAAUAUCUAGAUAUUUUGUAGCAAAGUAUAAAUUUGAAUGUGCACUUAAACUUAAUUAGUAUUAUUAACCACAAACCACAUAUAUAUGUACUAUUAUUCUUGUAAAUUUUAUGAAUCAAGGAAAAGAAUUAGACAUCAGACCUAACCAUUUAAAUUCGUGCAUGGUUCUCAUUAUUGAAAGAAGAAACUGAAUUUAAAAAAUAAAACAGAUCUAAUCUAGUCCAAUAAGUAUUAAUUAAUGUACAUGCAUGUGCUAGCUCUUACAUAUUAAUUCACAACUACACCAAAUAUAUGGUUGAAAUACCCAUGACAUUGGGUAGUUUCAGGGGGUCGUUUUCUUUAAAAAGUAUCCAAUUGAAUUAUAAAAACAUGUGUUGAUAUUAGAAGAAGCUACUAUAUAUAAUUGUUGCACUAGGUUGUGUACAGUACUAUUCGGCAAUAAUUAAUGAGAUAUUAUUUUAAUAUGAAAUGCAAAUUUAUUUACAGUGUUUUAUUGUUCGUUAGAAAUCAAUAAUACUAAUUAAAAGUAAAAAUCUAAAAAAUGUACAAUAAUUUUAAGACAGAUUAAGUAUUUGACACUUUUUGAAACUAUGUGUCCACUGAAUGCAUCUCUGCCUCCCCUGCUGAAUGUGUGUCAUGUGUUCUAUUAUCUCACUUGUUAAGUCGGACCCAAUUAAACACAUUUUUGUUUUUUAAUUGGUACAUAGGUUGAAGAGAAGCUGAAGGAGAGGCAGGAAGAAGCUAUACGGUUGAAACAGGAAGCGGAGAGACUUACAAACGAGCUUAAUGAGCGCACUAAACAGCAGCAAAGUUCCAAUACAGAAACUCCAAGCGCGAGGCGAGGGUGUGUUGUGUUGUGAUCAAUAUGCAGAACUCCCUCUCGUACCAAAAGAAAUUAACAGUUCACUUUGUUGUUUUAUUUUAGUUUAACAAAAUGAACUGUCUUUCUGGACGAAGGGAGUUAAUCCAUUUCAUCGUCUGGUAUAUAUUUAUGUUGGAAAUGAGUAGUAGUGAAUGAGAAUUAAGUUUCUCAAGAGUUAAAAAAAUUAGAGUUAAAGCUAAGGGACUUUGUGCCAUAUGGGUGUUGGGAAGAGUUAGAGCUCACUUUAUAAGUGAGAGCCCAAAAUUGACUUGCAAGUUGACUUGCCAAUACUAUACCACAUCUCUCCCGCUCGCGUGUGCCCACGCAGUGGGAUGCAAAUGGAGGUCCGGUUCGGGGCAAAAAUAACCUGACUCAUGUGUGCGCAUGACCUGCGGACACGAAUGUCGAACCGAAAAAGAGGAUAUGUAACGUUUAUAUUAAUUCGGUGGAAUAAAUUUAGACAUUGAAUAGCCAAAUAAAUUGUUGGCUUUAAUUCUUUUGAAUGAAAAAACGUUUUCAGAUUCAUUUGAAUUUAAAAGGCCAGAAUUAUUUGACUAUUUCAGCCUUGAAUGAGAAAAAUAAGGUGGUCUGAAUGCAUGAAACGUUGGAACGUUUUCCAGGCCAUAAAUCUGCGAAUUGAAGUGCACUUUAAUGGUAAAUAAAACCGCUUGAAGUCUUCAGUAGCUCAAGGUUCUUCUCCAGCCAAUAAAUAGGCACUCAUUUUCUAAAGUUUUACACACCUUUCCUCCCAUCUCUUCUCAGCUUUUUUUCGAGCCUUCUUUCAUUUCUUUUCCCGGUGUUCAUCGCUUGUUCUAAGUUCCAGUUUGAUGGUAGAGUUGCUUUGUGCUAAGCAGGCUGUACAUUUUUGUUGUAUCCCGGGAAACAGUUGCUCGAGAUCCUCAAGGACCUUAGGAGGGGCAAAUCUGUUUUAAGGAGAUCUUAUUUUCACGAGUCUCGGAUUUUUCCUAUUCGAAUUUUCUUUAGCCUUUGCGAAUACUCUUCGUAUUUUUUCAACAAUCUUAAAACAAACUUUUUUUUUGAUUUUGUGUAUUCGUGAUGGCUGAUGUUGUUGGUGCUGCUGUUCCUAGCGCCACUCCGGCUGCUGUUGUACCCGGCGUUGCCAUUGCUUCCGGGGUUGCGACCUAUGUUGUUGUUCCCGCUAUGCCCAACGUUCCAGCUAGCCACGUGGAGAAGCUGGAAAAGUUCAAUGGGACGACUGCGACUUUCAAGAGGUGGCAACAAAAAGAUGCUAUUCUACCUGACGACGCUGAACUUGGCGAGCUUUCUGACGGGUGUUGCUCCUCCGUUGCCUGAAGGUACUUCGGACGCACCAACGGUCCAUGCCUAUGAGGCUUGGAAACGAUCAGAUUUUCUUUGUCGUGGUUAUAUUUUGAAUGCUAUUCAUGAUUCAUUAUAUAAUAUAUAUGAAAAGUUUAAAACGGCUAAGGAUUUAUGGAAAUUUAUGGACCGGAAACAUAAAUCGGAGGAUGCCGGCUAGAAAAAAUUCGUAGUUGGACGAUUCCUUGAUUAUGUAAUAGUUGAUUCCAAGACUGUGGAUAGUCAAGUUCAAGAGAUCCAGUUGAUUCUGCACGACAUCCAGGCUGAGGGGAUGAUCUUUAGUGACACCUUCCAAGUGGUUGCGGUCAUUGAAAAGUUGCCUCUGGGCUAGAGGGAUUUCAAGAACUACCUCCAAGACAAGCGCAAGGAGAUGUCUUUGGAGGAUCUGAUUGUUAGACUUCGCAUUGAAGAAGACAACAGAAAGUCGGAAUCAAAGGCAUCUAAUGGCGUACAAGCUAAGGUCAAUAUUGUAGAGCAUGGUAAAGGCCAAGGCUGAAGAACAAGGCCAAGAGCAAGAACGUCAACAAAGGCAAGGGGAAGCUAGGGACUACUGGUGGUGUCUCUAAGCAGAAGCACAGAUUCAAA